AUGUCGCUUUUCCACGCGAAUGCCGGCCAGGCGGAGAUUAUUCGCAGUGUGCAGAAGGACCAGGAGCACAUCGAGGAAAUACGGUUGGCGCUCAGCGACCUGCUGCUGAUGCUAAGCCAGCGCCAUUGGUACCGGUACAACGCGCUAUGCAGGCUGGUCGCGGAAAUACUCUACCACCACUACGCGAUUGCGAACAAUCUGCAAACACUCGGCGAAGAGUACACUGGGAUCAUCCAGGUCGAUUCGAACUACGUAAUGCUGCCGAACAAGGCGCUACAGUUGUUGGCCAUACUGUUGGAAUACGGCGGCGAACGGUUGGCCAAUAGUGCGCUGGCCUACCUGCAGAAUGAAAUCGACCGGAACGAUGAGCUGCUGCCUUCGGCGAAAGGUGCGCUCAGCCAACUCAUCGACACGGUGCGUGUGAUGGUGCCGUUCGUGCGAGGGUUCCACACCAGCUUGUUCUACAUCAACGGCGGGAAGUAUCACAUUUCCAAGCGGCUAGUGGGGAUCAAUUAUGUGCUGAUACGAAAUGCCCUGAAGGAGAACCAUUCCAUGCUCGGGUACCGCGUGCUGGGCUACGCGACACUGGUACAGCUGGUGCUCACGUUGGUUGCGCGCUAUCGACAGUACCGCGGGGAAUCGAAAAGCACACCGAUCAUGGCACCAGCAGGCGGCCAGACUUCGGUAGCGAGCGAACGUACGGUUGAUGCGUCACACCACCAGUGUGCCCUGUGUAUGAACACCUUGCAAAACAUCAGCGUAACCCAGUGUGGGCACAUGUUCUGCUGGCAGUGUAUCUUCGAUUGGGUAGAUCAGCGCCCGCUGUGUCCGAUAUGCCGGGAAACGAUCAAAAAGUCACGUAUCGUGCGGUUGCAAAAUAUUGCCGUCGGUCACCGGAGCGUCGCACAUAUGCAGGCAUGAUAGGCAGGCUGGACAGGAGCGAACCAAGUUCAUUUCUUUUCCCCUCGUGAGUAAGUGUGAGUCGCAACGCGAGGUUCAGCUAGUUAAUACCUUUAAUUCUUCUUCACGUUAUUGAUUUCACGUUGUUACCGAUUAGUUAGUUCGAUGCUUUUCUGUUUGUUGCUCGGUUGCUCCUAGAGGGGUUGCAUAAAAGUUGAUUAUGUACAAAGCGGGACUUUCUUGUAACAGAGUAACAAUAAAACUAAGCAUAAGGAUUUCAGUAUAUAGUAGCAGGAUGUGCUGGUUGUUGGAUAUGCAGAUUGAUGAAAACACAGGCAAGAUGGUGUAAUGAUGCACGCACUGAGGCGAUAGGUGUUGAAUCGGUCGACCGAAGACGAUUUCGGGGUUGCUACUACCGUUUGCGCUGUACUUCCUAAUGCCAG